AUGAAAGACAUAUUACAAAUUAUUGCACUUCUCUUGGGUUUUUUGGCAUGUGGCUCUGCUGUAUUAUCAUUACAUAAUCACUCCUGGAAAGUGUCUACAGACGAUGAUAGUGUCAUCAUCACCUCCGACAUCUUUGAGAACCUGUGGAUGUCCUGUGCCACUGACUCCACUGGAGUCCACAACUGCCGGGAAUUCCCGUCUUUACUAGCCUUGUCCGGUUAUAUCCAAGCAUGCCGUGCCUUAAUGAUCACAUCCAUUGUCCUGGGCACAUUCGGACUACUGGCAACUCUAGUGGGUAUGCAGUGCUCCAAAAUAGGAGGGGAGAAUUACGUAAUGAAGGGUCGGAUCGCUGGGGCUGGAGGUGUCUUCUUCAUACUGCAAGGUCUGUGCACAAUGAUUGCAGUGUCUUGGUAUGCUUUCAAUAUCACUCAGGAAUUCUUUGACCCUCUUUAUCCGGGAAUAAAGUAUGAAAUUGGAGAAGGGCUGUACAUUGGUUGGAGUUCAGCCACAAUGGCUUUAUGUGGUGGCAGCUGCUUGCUGUGUUCCUGUGGAUUGCGCAGCCCAGAGGACAAAAAAUCACAUCUUGAGAACUUCAGAUCAUACUCCUACCAGCCUCAAUCCAGCCAUAUGGUUCAGACUGUCUCUGGAACAUCCAAUAGCCAUUCCAGCCAAGUUUGACUCAAUGCAUAAGUAAGAAACUUACCGAAUACCUGGGAUCAACAAAGUCAAGUUACAGACAAAACAGAGAACACAAUGCAAGACCCUUUUUAUGCAAUAUGGUCAGUAAAGCAUAAAUCUCACAUUUCUAAUGUAAAUAUUCUCUGAGGUUAACUGGACAAUGGAGAUAUGUAAACAGGUUAUUGGAAUUUUUUCUAAGAUUAAAAAGUAUUUGCAUGCAAAUAGUUGUGUACAAGUGAGUUUGCUUGUUUUUUGAAAACACUAAAAUGGGUGGGAGAAAAACAAUUGAUUUUCUGAUGCAUCUUUUUCAGUAUUUUACUUUCCUAAAUGCUCUACGAGGCCAUCAUUCAUUUGGAAUGCAGUACAUAUUGGAUGCAUGACACUUACUGACAACCAGCUGCUUUCAAAUGCUCAUGCUU